AUGGCUUUCCUGAACAAUAAAGGAGCCUCUUUUUCUUUUCCUUCCACUCGCCAAUGGAAUUAUGAUGUCUUCUUGAGCUUUAGAGGUGAAGAUACUCGUGAAGGUUUUACCAGUCAUUUAUAUAAGGCUUUGUGUGACAAAGGCUUUUACACCUUCAUCGAUGAUAAACCUUGGAGGGAAGAAGAAAUUUCGGAAGAACUUAUCCAAGCCAUAAAAAAUUCAUCGAUUUUGGUUAUUGUCUUCUCUGAAAACUAUGCAGAGUCCAUAUGGUGCUUGGAUGAACUUGCUGAGAUUGUUGAUUGUAGUGAAAAGGAUCAUGAGGUUCAAAUUUGUCCAAUUUUUUACAAUGUUGAUCCAUCAGAAAUACAAAAUCAAAAGGGUAACUUUGGAAUAGCACUGGCUAAUCAUGAAAUGAAGUUCGAGAAUAAUAAGGACAAGGUGCAGAGGUGGAAGGAUGCUCUAAGCAAAGCCGCUAAAGUAUCUGGAUGGCAUUACAUGAAAGGGUAUGUAUCUAAUAGAUGA